AGCUGCGCUCGCGGGCCGACUCGCGGCUGCCUACAGCAUCACCUGCGCUACAGCCAAAAAAUACUGCCUAAUUCCAUACCGAAGAGCCCCGCUUUCCACACGUGCAGCCCGGCAGCUCAACGAGAUGAUCAUGGGCCCCAAGCUUUGGUGCCUGCUCUCCUGCAUCGCUGCCGUGGAAUCGGGCGGCUAUGUCAUGACCAACAGCAACAUAAAAACUGCAGUCGCUGCGUGGCUCUCGGACGCGACGGCUGCCGAGGCGACGUACGGCCACAUCUCGACGUGGGAGACCGGGGGGGUGACUGACAUGUCGUACUUGUUUUGUGCGUAUUCAGGAUUGAGUUCUUGCAACACUGCCGCGGCGUCCUUCAACGAGGACAUCGGCGCGUGGGACACCUCUGGCGUCACGACGAUGUACGAUAUGUUCUACCACGCCUCGGCCUUUAACCAGGACAUCAGUGGUUGGGCGGUUCACAGCGUCACGGACAUGCGCUGGAUGUUCGCCGGCGCUUCGGCCUUCGACCAGGACCUCGGCUGGUGCGUGGACGACGGCGUUUUUGACCCCUACGGGUGGGGAUACACCAUCCAAGACGCAUUCUCUGGCACCUGGUGCGCGUCGACGUCGUGCGGCGUCUAUUCCUCGGCAGAGCUAAGGUGCGGCGGUGUGAUGAGCAAUACCGGCAUCCGCAAUGCCGUCGCGGCGUGGGUAUCGAACUCUACGGCCGCCGAGGCGACGUACGGCCACAUCUCGACGUGGAAGACCGGGGGGGUGACGGACAUGUCGUCUUUGUUCCUCUAUAGGUAUUACUUCAACGACGACAUAGGCGCGUGGGAUACCUCUGGCGUCAGGAGCAUGAAUCGGAUGUUCCGUGUGGCCGAGUCGUUCAACCAGGAUAUCAGUGGUUGGGCGGUCGACAGCGUCACGGAUAUGGCCAGAAUAUUCGACUGUGCCAGGGCCUUCAACCAGGACAUGGGCGAUUGGGCGGUCGACAGUGUUACGGACAUGGACCGGAUGUUCGAAGGCGCCUCGGCGUUCGACCAGGACCUCGGCUGGUGCUUGGGCGAUGACGUGAAAUUAAACGGUGCCUUUGAUGAAACAAAGUGCGAGUCGACCUCGUGCGGCGUCUCUCACAAUGACGUGAUUGGCAUAUGCGAACCAUGGGCCCGUCCGUGUCUCAUUCGCGUGGGAGGGCAAUGUUACAUAUCCUCACCAACACUCAUCAUCAUCGUGCUUGUCCUUCUCGCUGGCUUCGGCGCAUGCGUCUGCUGUCGGAAGAAGAAGGACGAAACUUACGCCGCCGCCGCCCGCCGCCUCCUUUGCAGCUGCCUCUGCUGCUGCUGCUUCUGCUGCCGGAAAAAGAAGGAAUCGAGUAGUGUUGACUCCCAACCGAAUUCUCCGGCAGAGUCGCCACCGGAGGAUGCCACGCCCUCCAAGGAAGAAGAGGCUACCGCCGUCGCCCCGGAAGCCGAGGAGGAGACCCUCGUCGAGGAGAGCCCUCAAGAGACCGCCGUCGACGAGCCGCCGCCGCCGCCCGCGAAGAAAAGCUGGUGGUACGGGCGCGCAGAGCCCGAACCCGAGGAGGCCGAACAGCCGCCUCCGCUAAGCCCCUUCUCCGCGUUACGCGCCGAGCUCUAGCGCCGAGCGCGAACGAGAACUCAAGACGCUCGCAAGUCCCUAGGACACAAGU